AUGGCGGAUGCGCUCUUCGCGCACGUCGUUUCCAGCAUUUGCCUUUCCUCCGCCGUCUUUCUGGCAUUCCACGCCUGCAUCUCUCAUGCCUUCGCGAUCAAGGUCGCCCGACUACGAUCGGUCGCCCAGUCGCGGUCGGUCCUACAACUCACGAUCCAGAUCCAGAUCCCACUCCCCCUCGCGACGUCGCUCCCCGUCCCGAGACUCUCGAUCUCCCCCACCUCGUCAGAUGAUAGGGCGCGUAGCCUCAGCCGCGGCCGCAGCCGCUCUCGCAGCCGCACCCGCAGCGAGAGUCCUCUGAAGAGCACCAAGAUCGUCGUCGAGCGCUUGACAAAGAAUGUCACUGAAGAGCAUCUACGCGAGAUCUUUGGGCAGUACGGCCCAAUCGACGAUAUGGACGUGCCCCUGAGCCGGCAGUUUGGUACAAAUCGCGGAGCUGCAUAUAUCCUCUACGUCAACGAAGUCGAUGCUGAGGCGGCCAUCGCUCACAUGCAUGAGGCCCAGCUCGAUGGCGCCACCAUCAGCGUGUCGAUAGUCCUACCGCGUCGCAAGUUUUCGCCCCCGCCUCCCACUGCAACUCAUGGCGCAAACUACGACCCUCGACUCCCGCCUCCCGGACGCGGUGGUAGGGGCCCCCGAGGUCCUCCAGGAAUGGGUGGCAUGCGUGGGCGUGGUCCUCGAGGUGGAGGUGGAGGCCGCUUUGGAAGGGGAGGCCCACCUCCUCCAUCCGAUACAUACCGGCCACGAUCGGCCUCGAGAUCUAGGUCACCUGCCGCGUCUGGCAGGGGAGGAAAAUACCGUGCGAGGUCACCUUCAUAUUCGCGGAGUAGGUCCAGGACACCCCAACCACCCAAGGGUCGAAGGGGCCGAGGACGAUACGAGGAGGAUUAUGACCGUCGUCGCAGCCCAAGUCGCGACAGUUAUGGCGGUGGCUAUCGCGGCGGCAGAAGUCGCUCGAGAGAUCGCAGGAGUUACCGCUGA